GAGACGGACAAACUCGGUGCGGGCUGGGGCGGCUAUCCGGCAGCCAGCUGAUCGCUGCUGUGGCAUUCUGAGCUUCGACCGACCCGAGGCUGUGUGUGCCGGAGCAGCAGCGAAUGGCUCGCGGCUUAUUCCAGGAAGAAACGCACUUGUGCGAUGAGCAGGGCAGGCGGCGAGGAGCACGCGCAGAGGAAGUGAGGAGGCAGUCGCUCAGAGUCUGACUGGUGAUGUUGUGAAAGCCACAUCCGUAGCACGCAGAAGGAGAGGCUGAGAGAGAGAGAGAGACGCACAAACAGCUCUGUCUGGUUCCCUCUCCAUCUUGUGGACUGCGUCAACCCAGGCAAGCGGUGGAAACGGGGAGCAUCCAGCACGAUGUCCUACAGCCCGUGGUCUGUGCUGUCACCCGUGCAGUGGGUCAGGUGGACCUGGUCGGCGGUCCACGGUACCGGGGGGGAGGGGGAGCAAGAGAAGAACCUGGAGAGAGAGGGGGAGUUGGAAGAUGAGGAAGAGGUCCCUCAGGAGGAUAAGUCUGCGGGCUCCAGCUCCGACUCGGAGGGGAACUUCGAGACUCCGGAGGCAGAGACUCCGGUCCAUGGGCCACUGGGAGGCCUUGCAGAGCAGGACGGUUCUACUGCCAACACCUUGGGUCUGGUAGGGGGCGAGAAGCAGAGGGUCCCCAGCUGUGGCAGCCUGGAUAACGUUUAUUCUGAGAAGAGCAACCGGAAUGAACACACCGAGACUGGAGACCAAGACCUGUUGCACCGAGUGGAAGGCUUGGAUGCACUCAACAAUGUAAUGGCCCUGAAAGACUCUGCAGAUCCAGGUGCUGACCUGGGCCAGAACCUGAACCUGCAGUCCUGCACUAAAACAGUCCACACCAGCUUGGACAACAGGCUUUCGGACAGUAUAGACGAUACUAACAAGUCCAGGAAUGCGAGGCUCCCAUCCCUUGAUAUUAAAAUGUCUCUGAACAGGCCAGAUCCUAAUGAGGUGGAUGAUGAGGUGCCUGCCUUUAACACCAGCUACCCCUUUUACCUGGAUCAGGCCAAUGGCAAUGCUAACUCUGUGCUCGAACCCAUGGCAGAUGACUCCAAGUGGGAUGCUUCUCAUCUCAGUUUGGAGUUCAGCAGGGGUGACAAAGCUGGCAGCGAGGAGGUUAUGAAACCCCCAGCCAGGAAGCUGGGCAAGAAGCCGUCCAGCAAAGGCAGCCUUGUGAAACAGGCCAAAGUGGCAGAGUGGGACUUGGAGCUCACUGCCCGUGACAGCUCGGAUGGACCUCCUGCCCCUAAAUCCUACUACAGCAUUGAUGCCAGUCAGCUGGAUGACCCCAACUUCAACCCAUUUGGAAACAAUUCCAAAAUGAGUAGCUCCCCGACCCUACCCAAAGGAUCUCACAGCUUUGACCCUGAUGCUUUUGAUGCUGCUGUGGACCCCUUCAAGCCCUCAAGGAGUUUGACAGCAGAUUGGAAGAGUCCUCUUGCAGAUGAGAAGCUGGCUGACGAUCCUGUGUGCCAGAAGCUAGACUUCAGUCUGGAGACUGAGGGCAAGGGGAAGCAGUCGCUGAAGAGCGAAGCAAAGACCCCCAUGCCUGCAGCGAAGGGGAACACGCAUGAACAUCAGCCACUUGUUCUGGACAUGAGUAGACAGGAGGAUGUACCUGUGGGGUCACGAACUUGCGAGGGAACCCACCGUGAGGGCCACGCCACCGAUGAGGAGAAGCUGGCCUCCUCUGUGUCAGGGCAGAACCCCGGCAGGACCGAGGAUGACCUCGUGGAGGAAGAGGGCGAGUCGGGCAAGAAGCAGCCAGGGAGCAAAGGGACUGAAGCUGUGACAGAAGGUCAGACGGAGAAAGAGUCAUACACUGUGCAUGAAGACCCUGGCAGCAUGAAAAGUGCCAAGCUGGCAGGAAGCGAGAGUCGAGACAAGGGAAAUCCAGCUCUCGACACAAUCUGCAUCAGCGAGGCAGACAAAGCAGCUGUUCUUGCUCUGAUUCGGGAGGAGAUCAUCACAAAGGAAAUUGAGGCCAGUGAGUGGAAGAAAAAAUAUGAAGACAGCAGACAGGAGGUCAUGGAAAUGAGGAAAAUUGUGGCGGAGUAUGAGAAAACGGUUGCACAGAUGAUUGAGGACGAACAGCGCACGUCAAUGAACUCUCAGAAGAACAUCCAGCAGCUGACGCUUGAGAAGGAGCAGGCCUUGGCCGACCUCAACUCCGUGGAGCGCUCGCUCUCUGACCUCUUCCGGAGGUACGAGAACAUGAAGGGUGUCCUUGAGGGCUUCAAGAAGAAUGAAGAGGUUCUCAAGAAGUGCGCCCAGGAGUAUCUCGCCCGGGUGAGACAGGAGGAGCAGCGCUAUCAGACACUCAAGAUCCACGCGGAGGAAAAACUAGACAAAGCCAACGAGGAGAUUGCUCAGGUCCGCUCCAAGGCCAACGCUGAAAGCGUGGCUCUUCAUGCCAGCCUGCGGAAGGAGCAAAUGAAGGUGGAGUCAUUGGAGAGGGCCCUCCAUCAAAAGAAUCAGGAAAUUGAAGAACUCACCAAGAUCUGUGAUGAGCUCAUUGCCAAGAUGGGUAGAACAGAGUGAAAGCAAGCCUUUUAUAGACCCAGGUCUGGUCCUCCAUGAGCAGUACCUACCUUCCAUUCCCCCUGUUACCACCUCCACAUCUCUGCAUGUUACAGCUUCAGAAGCUCAGCAUCCCCAGCUGAAGACCUUGAAGACCUUGCUUUUGUUGAAGUCAAUUACAUUUUAAUUUUUCUCCCACCUGAAAACAAGAAGCACAACAGUAAUAAGGACAUGGUGCAUCAUCUCACCCGAAGGAGCAGGACAAACUGGAGCAACAUGCACAGCGUUUCUUCUUUGAAAGCCAUUCUGCUGAUGCUGCACACAUCAGUCGUCGUGUUGUGAUGGCACCUUCUGCUCUGCUCUUCCUCCCAUUGCCCUUCAGAAAACGUGCUCAUGCACAACGGUGCUUGGUGUGUUCAGUGCUGAACUGCUGCAAGGAGGUUGUGGGAAAGGCUCUGGAGAGACAUGUUCAUGUUCAGCAGGACGGGAAGACCGACAAUCUCCCCACUGCUCCUCGUCCUAGCUGCGGAGUCUCUGUAUAUACAGUAAAUAAUACUGAUAUGUUUCUUAUCCUUUGCUUAACAUAUGAGUUUUUUUUUUCAGGCACUGAAAUGUAGAUAAUUAAAGCUCUUAAGAGCUGGAGGCCUUGACUAUUAGCAAGUGUUUCACAGAGCCAGAUGGCUUCUUGGAUGCCUGGCAGUAAAUGGUGAAGCGGUACAUAGUUCACACUCUACAUCCUUCAUCACGCUGCCAUUACAUAUAACACACACACACACACAGCAGCCAGUAGUUUAGUCGUACAUUGAUGUGACUGUGAGCCAUGUCUUUGUUCUUUUCUGCCUCCAUCUUGAGUUGCUUAACAGUUCAGUUUUUCUUCGGAUUUUGAGCCAAGGUUACCAUAGUUACUGUAGUAGCUGCAUCUCAUGCUGGAUUUAAAAUUUUUUUGUUGCAUUUUCUUUUUUAAAAACAAAUUUUCUGCCAUCCCUUCAUCUCCAAACAAAAUGGCCAUGAUUAUACCAUGCCAAAUGUGGUACAGAACAGCAAAAGGGACCAGCAGAUAAUGCUCAAAUUCUGUAUGUCUUGAUGGUAGAGUAAAGAACAGGGGUGUUUUACCCUACGUGGUUUUUUUUUUUUUUUUUGGGAAGAGGAUUUACCGCCGAAUUUGUUUCCUGGCUCUCUGCAGUUUUCUCUAUGCCGAGAGGAGUCUGCUUCUGUCUUUAAGGUCGGCUGAUGUGCCCAUGACAGUUAUGAAAAAUGGCUUUUUGAGAGCCUCCUUGGAAAAUGAAGUCUUGUGAAUGGCUUGACCUGCUCAAUUACUCCCCCCCCUCCUUUUUCACAAGGGAUGUAUGAUGUACAUCUUGCUAUUUCUGUACUACAGGUGGGAUACAGAAGGGCUUUAGGGUCUUUAAGUUUAUAGGUAGCAACUAUCAUGAGCCCAGCCAUACACUCAGCCUCACGCACAUGCUUACUCUUAUAAACGACUUAGCCCGUUGUCACGUGACACAAACGCCAAUACCUUUUGACGCACUGUAUAUACGCAAGCCUUCGCUCCCCCUUGCAUGGCAACACCGCGGGACGGACGGACCCCUGGCUCGCUGUUGUGUCCAGCUCUGCUUGUUAAACUGUUCCACCGGCGCUGCUUGUCUUUUCACUUCACGUUCGAACUUGUAAAAACGCAGGGAAAAUAACCUGCACGGUUGUAGCAAAGCCGUUGUUUACCAAUUUCCUUAAUUCCUUUCCUGAAAAAAAUAAAAAGUACUUACA